AUGUGGACCCUCCGGAGCGCGGGCCGGUGUCCCCGCGGGCCGUGUGCAUCUGCCCUGGGGCUGGCCUCUGGGCUGCUGGGCCUGGGCUUCCUGCUUGGAUGGUUUAUGAAGUCAUCCCAUGAAGCUACUAAAACUGAUUUACAACAUAAUAUGAAGAUGGCCUUUUUUGAAGAAUUGAAUGCUGAGAAUAUCAAGAAAUUCUUAUAUAAUUUUACAAGAAUACCACAUUUAGCAGGAACAAAACAAAACUUUCAUCUUGCAAAGCAAAUUCAAUCCCAGUGGAAAGAAUUUGGCCUGGAUUCUGUUGAGUUGGUCCAUUAUGACGUCCUGUUAUCUUAUCCAAAUAAAACUCAUCCCAACUACAUCUCAAUAAUAGAUGGAAAUGGAAAUGAGAUUUUCAACACAUCCUUAUAUGAACCACCUUGUCCAGGAUAUGAAAAUGUUUCAGAUGUUGUUCCACCGUUUAGUGCUUUCUCUCCAAAAGGAACACCUCAGGGUGAUCUAGUGUAUGUUAAUUAUGCACGAACUGAAGACUUCUUUAAACUUGAGCGGGACAUGAAAAUCAGUUGCUCUGGGAAGAUUGUGAUUGCCAGAUAUGGAAAAAUUUUCAGAGGAAAUAAGGUUAAAAAUGCUGAGUUGGCAGGGGCCAAAGGAAUCAUUUUGUACUCAGACCCUGCUGAUUCCUCUGCUCCCGGAGUGCCCUCCUACCCAGAAGGGUGGAGUCUUCCUGGAGGUGGUGUUCAGCGUGGAAAUGUCUUGACCCUUGAUGGUGCAGGGGAUCCUCUUACGCCUGGUUACCCAGCAAAUGAAUAUGCUUAUAGGCGUGGAAUCGCAGAAGCUGUUGGUCUCCCAAGGAUUCCUGUCCACCCAAUUGGCUACCACGACGCACAUAAGCUGCUAGAGAAAAUGGGUGGUCCAGCAGCGCCAGAGCACAGUUGGAAAGGAAGUCUUCCUGUGCCUUACAAUGUUGGACCAGGCUUCAUAGGAAACUUUUCUACUCAAAAAGUCAAGAUGCACAUCCAUUCCAACAAUAAGGUAACAAGAAUUUAUAAUGUCAUAGGAACACUCAGAGGAGCUGUGGAACCAGACAGGUAUGUCAUUCUUGGAGGUCACCGAGAUUCGUGGGUAUUUGGUGGCAUCGACCCUCAAAGUGGAGCAGCUGUUGUUCAAGAAAUCGUAAGGAGUUUUGGGACACUGAAAAGAAAAGGUUGGAGACCUAGAAGAACAAUUUUGUUUGCAAGUUGGGAUGCAGAAGAAUUUGGUCUUCUUGGUUCUACUGAGUGGGCAGAGGAUAAUUCUAGACUCCUUCAAGAACGUGGUGUGGCCUACAUUAAUGCAGAUUCUUCAAUAGAAGGUAAUUACACUCUGAGAGUUGAGUGUUCACCACUCAUGUAUAGUUUGGUAUACAAUCUGACAAAAGAGCUUCAAAGUCCUGACGAAGGCUUUGAGGGCAAAUCCCUUUAUGAAAGCUGGAAUGAGAAGAGCCCCUCCUCCGAGGUGACUGGCAAACCCAGGAUUGGCAAGUUAGGAUCUGGUAAUGAUUUUGAGGUGUUCUUCCAAAGACUUGGAAUUGCUUCAGGCAGAGCAAGAUACACUAAAAAUUGGGCAACAAGCAAAUUCAGCAGCUAUCCAUUGUAUCACAGUGUCUAUGACACAUAUGAGCUUGUGGAAAAAUUUUAUGAUCCAACUUUUAAGAAUCACCUUGCUGUGGCCCAGAUUCGAGGAGGGAUGGUAUUUGAAGUAGCCAGUUCCGUGGUUCUCCCUUUUGACUGUCAAGAUUAUGCUGUAGUUUUAAAAAAGUAUGCUGACAAAAUCUACAACAUUUCCAUGAAACAUGAACAAGAAAUGCAAAAAUACAGAGUAUCAUUUGAUUCACUUUAUUCUGCAGUGAAAAAUUUUACAGAAAUUGCUUCUAAGUUUAAUGAGAGACUUCAUGAUUUGGACAAAAAUAAUCCAAUAUUGUUGAGAAUUAUGAAUGAUCAGCUGAUGUUUCUUGAACGAGCAUUUAUUGAUCCUUUAGGAUUACCAAAUAGACCUUUUUAUAGGCAUGUCAUCUAUGCUCCAAGCAGCCACAACAAGUAUGCAGGGGAGUCAUUCCCAGGAAUUUAUGAUGCUCUGUUUGAUAUCAAAAGCUCAGUAGAGCCUUCCAAGGCCUGGAGAGAAGUGAAGAGACAGAUUUCUAUCGCAGCCUUUACAGUGCAGGCAGCAGCGGGGACACUGAGAGAAGUCGCCUGAGAAGCAG